ACUUGUUUGAGACACCACGCCACCCCUCCCGUCUAUAUCUCUGACUUUACUCCGUCCUCUUCCCACUCUAUCCUAUCCCACUCCACGGACCACUCUAUCACUUCCAACUUUACCGACCAUUCACAGACAUGGUGCUUCUUGUUGCCCACCUCCCCCGGCACAUUGCCGUGAAGGUAGUCGCCAUCAGCAUGAUGUUCAUCCUCUUCAUCAUGAUUCCUUGGAUGCCUUCGAAUCAGGGCGCCCAUGAGAGCGAUCUGUGGAGAGCUCUGGGGCAAGGUAAGGGCAUUGGCAGUUUGUUCAGUCGGCUGGACGCGCAAGCUGCUGUGGGUUUCUAUCACCCUUCAGGAGAAGAUGUUUCACGACGCCCGACACCCACGGCUGCUGCGCGAGGGUGUAGUAUGUGCGAGAUGGAUCCUGCGCUAUGUGAAGAGCUUGGAAAAUCCAAUAUCGAAAGGUCUCUGGUAUACUCUGGUACCGGGCUUCGCCUCAGGCGCAUGGCCUCCAAGCUUAAAAGAGGAGGAAGACUGGUACAUGCUAUCAUCGGCGGCUCUGUAUCCACUGGCACAAACAUCGACAAGGACCCGUCGUACGGCGGUAGAGAGCAGCAAUAUACAAAUUUCAACCGUAUCAUCUUUGACCGCCUCAAUUCUCUCUUCCCAGCACCGAAUGGGACCGUCAUAGGAAAGAACGGACGAGAAGAAGGCAAGAAUUCAAUGAUCAAUGGUGCGCAGGGAGGUACCGGGUCCGCCUACUUUUCUCUUUGUUGGGGCGAACAUAUACCGACCGAUGUGGAUCUCGUCACGAUUGACUCUGCCGUUAACGAUGUCCCUCAUGAAACCAAAUUCAUGGAGUCGUACGAGACCCUCGCCCGAAGCUUGCUCGAGCUACCAAGUCAUCCAGCUCUUCUGAACAUGCAAGUCUUUUCGGUGGGACAACACUCCAUGGUCAACGGAGGCGACAUGCACAUCGGGGUUGCCUCCUGGUACGAUAUCCCCUCAAUAUCUCAACGGAACGCCCUUCAUCAUACUGUUCUGAAAAACGCUUCGCUCGUCCCAGAGCUUUUCAGCAUCGGUCAUGAUGGAAAGAUUGACCUUCGACAUAUAGGCAUCAAAGGGCACAACAUCCUCGGUCGUCUGGGCGCGGCGUACGUUGAAUCUCAAGUCUGCGAGAUGGAGAAGUAUGAAGCUUCCAUUCCAAAUGCUGCAGAGAUGACAUUGGAUCAGCUCUAUCCCGUUGAACCGCUUCCUCGAAUGCAACUCAACCACGGGUACGAAGAAGACUUUGUCCUGCCCCCCAUUCGACCGCAAUGCUUUUCCACCAACAGCGUCAAACACCCUCUCGUACCCAUCGCGGCGAGAUCUGACCUCGGAUCCGAGGCCUGGCAUCCUUGGGCAUGGCAAAACAAGAAAUACCUUAUUACCAACACCACUGGUACCAAGGUACAAUUUCAGCUGGAAACGGGUUCGGGACACAUUGGAAUUCAGUAUCAAAGGUCGCCAACGUAUGGGUUGGGGAGUGUCAAGUGCUGGGUGGAUGGGAGCGAACAUCAAGCGGUGAAGGUUCAUGGGUAUUGGGAAAGGCCCCAUCACCUCUCACAGUAAGUCUCGUCUGUCUGUCGUCUUGCUGAAGACGGUAACUUGACAUUCUUCGAUAGACCGGCGACAGUCAAAGAUGGUCUGAAACCAGGGAAACAUCUCUUGACGUGCCAGCUGUUGGACGAGACACAAGAUCCCAAUGGAGGGAAAGAGUUCAGACUGAUUGCGGUGACGGCGGCGUAACGUGUAUACUGAAUGGUUGUAUCAUUGCGACUAGACUUGGGUUGUUGAUUCACAUAUAUAAGUAGAUGCAGGUCAUCAUCUUCUUCCGUUAUGAUUCGAAUCCCUCUCCUUGAUCGCCAUGCCGCAUUGUACCUUUUCCAGAGUCCGCG